UUCAACUAAUCGAUAUUACUAGAAAAGUACAUAUUCGUGGUUCGUAGUUGUUCAGAAGUUGUGUCAGAAAUUGUGUUACGUUAAGCGAAAGAAUUUUAACAAAAAAAUGUCACGAAAAGCACUUAAAGCAAUAAAUUGGUCUGCUAUAACUGAACGAAUUCCAAGUUCUGAGAAAGCUGCUUUGACAGCUUUUAAAUCUAAAUCUGAUAGAUAUUUACAACGUAUGAUGGCUUAUCCAGAAGAUUUACCAAAAAUUGAUUGGACAUAUUAUAAAAAAACUAUUAUCACUCCUGGUUUAGUUGAUAAGUUUUAUAAAGAAUAUGAAGCAAUAUCAAUACCAUAUCCAACAGAUAAAUAUACACAAGCAAUUGAUUCUGAACAAAAAGAAAUUGCUGAUAAAAUACAAAGUUUCAUUCAAGAAGUAAAUAGUCAAAUUGCAGAAUUACAACAAAAUUUGGAUCGGAUAAAAAAUAUGAUACCAUUUUCAGAAAUGACAAUGGAAGAUUUUUCUGAUAUACAACCAAAAGGAACCUUAAGACCUGAUGAAGAACCUACAACUUGGCCUCAUACAGAAGAUAGUCAAGAGAAAUUUGGUGAAAAAGAUGAUCCAAAAGAUAAAGAUAAUCAUUAAUUCAAUUGAAUUUUGAAAUGUAUGAUAGUUUUAUUGUAAUAUUCAUUACAUUUUAUCAUUGAGCUAUUAUA